AUGGAAUAUAAAGAAAAGCCUGAAGGACCUUUCUUUGUGUCUUUUUAUGUUACAAAUUUUAAUUCUUCUGACCUGUCCUUUUCUUACAAGAUAAAUAUAGUAGACUUUUAUGAUAACCUAUAUGAAUCUAAUAUCAUAAACCAAAAUAAUUUUAAACAAAUUAAUUUUUCCAAUAAUUAUAUACAAUUAAAUGAAGAAAUUUUAGUAAAGACCAAUAUAAGUGAUGAUAAUAAUUUUGUAUUGAUAGGAUAUGAGAAUAUCAAAGCUUUCUCAUUUUUGCAUGAACAGUUAAUAAUCUCAAAGAAUAUUAUAAUAACAUAUAAAUAUGAAGAUCAUAAAGAAAAUGUAGUUAAUAAAAAUAUAGAUAAUGAAAAGACCAAGAAAAAAAAAGAUAAUGAAAAAGAAGGAAAAAAUAAAAAAAAAAAGGAAAAGAAUAAAAAUAAUACCAAGAUUGAAAUCGAAAUAUUAGAAAAUUCGAUAAAAAAGGAUAUAGACAUAAAUUUUAAUAUUACACUAAAUAUAAAUUCACUGGUUGGACAUUACUGUGAUAGGCUUAAUUAUAAUAUUAUGAACGUUAAGAUUGAUGGGAUCUAUAAUAUAGCUUCAUCAAUAGAAGAAAUUGUCACAAAAAAAAAUUCCCUAAAUUUUCAAAUGAAAUUAUUAGACAUCUCCUUAAACAAUGGAAUUCUUAUAGAAGAUAAGGAGAACAAGAAAUAUAAUAUUACGUGGAAUAAUAAUAAUAUAUACAAAUAUAGAAAUAUAAAGGAAAUCGAAUAUAUCUACAAAUAUCUAUUUUAUGAAUCCUUCAACAUAAAUGGAUGGAUAAUUUGUUCAAAUGAAAGUAAAAAACAAAAAGAUAAUGUAGCCCCCAAUAUAGUAGAUACUUUAUGUUCAAUCUUUGAGGUUAAUAUAUCUGAUAUAGUAUUAAACAAAGUUGUUAAUGCCAAGUACAAACUGCAUCAUAUAAAAGAUUUAAAAAAGGACAUAAAAAAUGUAAAACAAAGUGGCAAUCAAUGUUUAGAUAUUUUCUCAAAUUCGUAUAUACAGCUAACAAUACAAUUUUAUAAACCCUUCUUGCAAAGACAAAUGUUGGAAAGUCCCUUCCCAAUUGAUUCUAUACGUCCAAAUUUAAAAAAAGAAAUACAAAUAGAAAAUGAUAAAAAGAAAAAAGAAGAUAUCAGUAAUUUAUUUAAUCGAUCAGUUGUGGAAGGCAUAAAUUUUAUCAACGACCAAAUAAAACAAUUAAGAAAAGAACAACAAAUGAAAAUUUAUCAAAGAACAAAAGAAUAUUUUUCCUUUCUAAACAACUUAAAGGAGAACCCGACGUAUAUAAAUUUAUAUAAUAAUAUGAAAGAUGUGAUGAUUAAAGUUACCUAUGAUAUAAUUAAUAAACAAAUUUAUAAACAUUUUAAUAUAAGUGAUGAGAUUUGCAUGGAUAUAUCUAGCGAUAAUGACAAUAUUAUAGACAAAGAAAAAAAAAUAGAAACAUCAAAUUUAAUUUCUGAAGAAAACAUUAAUUGUAUUUUUGUCUAUCUUUUCAAUUUUAUGUAUGAAUCAUCUAAUGUCAUAAUAAAUAAUUAUUUUGAAAAAGAAGAUAAUAUAAAUAAAGAAUCAAUAAAUGAUAUAAAAAAAUAUAAUAACAUAAAUAAUUUAGAAUAUUAUUUAUAUAAUAUUAUUAUAGAAAAUGUACAUUUAUUAAAAUAUAAAAGAAAUAUUCCUUUUAUCGAAGCAAUAAUAUUAAUACUUUAUAAAAAGAUAAAUAAUAUAUAUGAACGUAAUAUAAAUGAAAAAAAUAUAAAUGAUAUAUUUAUAGAAAAAGGUGAUAAUCAUAUUAUUAAUAUAAUAGAUAAUUAUACAUGUUAUAAUAAGAAUAAUACCAUAAAUGAUAAUUAUAUAUAUAAAAAAAAAGAAAAAAAAAAAAAAAACUUAUAUUCUAAUAGUCAAGAAAAUAAUAUAACAACAUUAAUAAAACAUAUUUGUAUUGAUAAUCGAAGUAAUUUCAAUUCUUAUCUUUUUGAUUAUAUUGAAUACUUUGAAGAUAUUAUAUUACAUAAACAUGUGAGAAAAGACGAUGAAGAAAUAUUUAAAAGAAAUAAUUUGCAGGAAAAUAUCUUAUCCGUUUUUAAUAUGGAAGAAAAUAAAAAUAUAAAAAUUAUGUUUACAGAUAUUAUUUAUAUGUAUUCUAAAGUUAUGUUAUUAAAAAAUAACACUAUUAAUCUUAAAUAUGAUAAACAAAGUCAAAUUAUAAAAUAUACAGAAGAAAAUGAAGAGAAUAAAGAAAAAAAUUAUUAUGACGAUAAUGAUAAUUAUAAUUGUCAGGAUAAUUUCGACUAUUAUGAUAAAUAUAUUAAUACAAAUAUUGUAGACACUUCAAUAUCGUGUUUAUUCACCUAUAUAGAACUAACGAACAGUAAAAAUAUUGAGAGCCUGUUCAUUCUAUGCCUUUUAUAUUUGAACAUACAUAAAUAUAAAGAGAGUUUAAAAUUAGCUAAUUAUAUUAUAAACAUUUUACAAAAAAGAAAAGAAAAUGAAGCAAAAAUAAAAGUAAAAGUAGAUGAUAGAUUAAAUGACAAAUUAGAUGACAAAUUAGAUGACAAAUUAGAAGAUAGGAUAGAUGUUAAUGUAGAAAAUUUAGUAGAAGAAAAGUUAAAAGAAGACCAUUUAAAUAUAAAUAAUUUAUAUAUAUAUAGUACUUUUCAUGACAAUCAUUUGAACAUAUGCGAGAAUAUAUGUAUAUAUAUUAAAAGCCUUUGUUAUUUUUUUCAGCGUAAUUAUAUAUAUUAUUAUAUAAAUAUGUGUAUACUUUUAAAUGAAAAUAAAAAUAUAUUAAAAGAAUGCAUAGAAAAAAAUGCUAACAUAUAUGAAGAAGCAAAGGAAAAAUGGUGUGAUUUAAGAAAAUCCAAUAAUAAAGAAAGUAAAAAAAAAGAGAAAAAAGAUAUUGAAAAGGAUCAUAAGGAAAAAAAGAAAGGUUCAAAAAAAAAAAUAAAAGAUGAAAAUAAUGAAAAGAAAGAUAUACAAAAUGAAGAAAUAUUUAUGAACGAUCAAAAAAUUGAUAUACAAAAUGAAGAAAUAUUUAUGAACGAUCAAAAAAUGGAUAUACAAAAUGAAGAAAUAUUUAUGAACGAUCAAAAAAUGGAUAUACAAAAUGAAGAAAUAUUUAGGAACGAUCAAAAAAUGGAUAUACAAAAUGAAGAAAUAUUUAGGAACGAUCAAAAAAUGGAUAUACAAAAUGAAGAAAUAUUUAUGAAGGAUCAAAAAAUGGAUAUACCAAAUGACCAAUCUUUAAACACAUAUAACAAUAAUAAUAACAGUAACAUAAAUUUGUAUGACAAUAACAAUAUUUCAAGAAAAAAGGAUAAAGGUAAGGAAAUUUCAUCACCAAAAAAUGUAAAAAGGAAAUCAGAAAUAUCCUCUUAUGACACAGACCAUUUAUUAUUGACAUAUAUUGAAACAUCAGAAGAUAAAAUUCCAAUAAAAGAUAAAUAUAUGUUGUUAUUUAUAAUAUAUUGUAUAAAAUAUAAUAUUAUUAAUAUUGUUAUGUUCAUAUAUGAAAAUAGAAGAAAACUUUUAAAUGACAUAACUAUUAGCUCACGUUUAUUUCAUCAUCUGACUAUAAGAAUAUUUUUCUCAAUAAAAGAUUAUCUCAAGUGUAUUAAUUUGAUAGAAGAAAAAUACGAACACUUAAACAACGUGGAUAUAUUAUACAUCUAUUCACAAUGUUUAUAUAAAUUAAAAAACUAUAAAAAAUGUAUAGAAUAUAUGGAAAAAUAUUUAAAUUUAUGUAAAUAUAAUAAUGUGAGAGUUAAAAUAUAUCUACAAUUAAAUAAAAUAUAUUUUUCUUUAAAUAAAUAUUCAGAAAGUAAGAGUAUGAUAAAAAAUUCUUUACAAAUAUAUAAGACAAGUUAUGCUUAUCUUAAUUUAGCAUAUUACUAUUUGAUUAAAAAAAAAAAUUUUAUCUAUUCAUAUAAAAUGUUAUAUAAAGCAAACGAGAUAAAUAUCUUCAAUAUUAAAUUGUGGGCAUAUCUCACAGUAGUAUUUCUGCACUUAAAUAUGAAGAUACAAGCUGAUAAAAGUUUAAAUAAUUUUUUGAAGAUGAAAGUGUAUAAAAAAGAUCUUAUUAUUCAUAUGAUGGAGACAUACAAAUAUUAUGGUUAUGAAAAGGAAGAGAAAUAUUUAUUAUCAUUUUUAAAAAAUUAA